AUGACUUUCAAACGACGAGGCGGUGGCCGCAACAAGAAGGGAAGGGGUCACGUCAAGAACGUCCGAUGCUCCAACUGCUCCCGAUGUGUUCCUAAGGACAAGGCUAUCAAGCGUUUCACCGUCAAGAACAUGGUCGAGGCUGCCGCCGUCCGAGACCUUUCCGAGGCCUCCGUCUACCAGGAGUACGCUCUCCCCAAGCUCUACAUCCGUCUCGCCUACUGUAUUUCUUGCGCCAUCCACGCCAAGAUCGUCCGAGUCCGAUCUGCCAAGCCUGGUGCGAUCAACUCUAGGAAGAACAGGGCUCCCCCUCCCCGUGCCAUCUUCAAGGACGGCAAGAGGGUCAACCCUGCUGUCGCUGCUGCCAUGGCUGCCAAGACUGCUCAGGCUUAA